CCAGGACAUGGGAAACAUCAAGUAACCAGCCCAAGUCCUGAAACCUUCCCACCAUUCCAUGUAUGCGGUCUGUCGAUAGUGAGAGGUCGUCCCUCUUGAUCCAGCCGUGCCGAGAAGGGAGUUUAACUUGUCAAAGAUUUGUCAAGAAAAAGUCAGAAAAGGCGAAUAUCUGCCAUACACUUGCGGCGUAAAUACGUGUACCGACCACAUCCACGAGGAGCAAACGUAUUCCACAGUUGUCACAGACUAGUGGUGUUACAUUUUCUAGAAACAGUUCGGUCGAAGGCUGAAGUGAUCACGGUGUUUUCCUUUUUUUCGUCGGUGGAAGUGAAGUCAGGUGUUCUUCUUGAGUCUAAGCUGAAUUUGGGCGCUCAGAUCUCUUCCCAUCCCCACCGAAGAUUGAGGUGUGUAAAGGUUCCAGAUGUCAUCCAAAAUGCAGAGUUCGAAUAACAUCGCCCAGGCCCGGAGGACCGUUCAGCAGUUGAGGAUAGAGGCCAACAUUGACAGGAUGAAGGUGUCGAAGGCCUCCGCUGAUCUCAUGCACUACUGUGGGGAGCACGCCAAGUACGACCCUCUGCUCAUGGGCAUCCCAGCCUCCGAAAACCCCUUCAAGGACAAGAAACCAUGCACCAUAUUGUAGCCCCGGAAGUCACUGUAACCUUCACUUUUAUUCCGAUUUUUUUUUUGUUUGUUGCUGUUUUUUUCUCUUUUUUAAUGUAAUGAUGCAUUUUUUUUCUUUAAAAAAAAAGUCUGUCAAAAGUUAAUAAACUACCCCAAGAAGAAAAAAAAGACAUGUACAAGUGUCGGUUGGAAAGGUUCACUGGAACUGUGUCCCCUCUUAUCAGGCCCAAACAGUUGGGUUUUAUCAUCCCCCUCUCCUACUACAGUGCCACCCUUUCUUUUUUGUUGUUGUUGAUAGCUGUUUGAUUUGCAGCCGAAGCCUGCCCUCCUCCCUCCUUCCCUUCCACUCACUGAAAACAAAUUGAUUCAUUUCAUCAGUAGAACACAGUGCCACUUUCUGCUCUGUGACCAAACAAUGUGCUAAUUGAUAGCCCACCCUCCCCGCCUCCUCCCCCUCCCCAAACGCCUUAAUGCAGGAAGUCAGAUAGAGAAAGAGAGUUGGACAAAAGGAAGGGGGGGGGGAGAGAAAAUGAGAGUCACUGAGUUUGGGGUAAAGGUCAUGUGCAUUGAGCAUUGAAGUAUCAGAAAUCUAAAAAGGCUUACGUCCUGGGAGUGUGAUUGCUUGGGGGGCGUGACGGGGGGUAAUCAGGUGCCUCUCCUGACGUCACGGUGACGUCUCCUCUUCUCGGGGAGGCGGCUCUCGCGGCAAAAACAAAAGCCCAUGUCAUUCCUCAGCGUCAGUUAAAGGCCACCUCUCCUGUUUAACUGCCUUUUGCCAGCGUCUUCACCCUUGGCUUGGAGUUUUUUUUUUUUAGCAGGACGUCAUAGGGAGGGUUGAAUGACUCGAUCAAACAGGAGGAACAACAGAAACUAUUUGUCUAAGAGCAUUAGGCGGAUAAUUUAAAUUUCCCUGACUCAGCAAAAGGCGGCGUGAGCCUGGCUCUUGUAUUGUUUGUGUAAGCGUUGCGUAGUGCGCAGUGUUUUUUUCCAUGAUGGAGGGAGGCCUUUAAGUGUUAUGGCGCCUGCAGCCUUUCACCUGAAUACCUGUCCUGGCAGCUGCAAUGCAAACACGUCGUAGACCCAAGUCGUGUUUGCAAUCAACACUUUCUUAUCCCACACUCCUGAUUUUUGUUCAAAUUUCCAGCUGUACUGAAUUCACGGUCACUUGUCUUGAAGAUAUUGACAAGGAGUCUUUAUCACACUGUUAUCCCCAAGUCACACAAAACAAUAUCAGAAAGGAUAAGAGACCAAUUGCUUGAUUUGUGGGGGGAAUAAGCUACUCUCUGAGCUGUCAGGGGAUUUGACUGCAACAGGUACUGGCCCAAAAUUUGCAGAGAGUCUCAAGAAAUUUCUAGAAAGUCUCCAGGAGAGAACCAGGAGGAGACGUAGCCCCCUUGCUAGCUGCUACCAUGGGAGCUGAGUGUAGGAAGAUAAAGAUAGAGAGCUCCAACUUUUUAUUAAACGUUGUGAUAGAGUAGCAAUAUGUUUAAUGAAGAUUAUGAUACAUUAAUAUAUUGUAUCCCUUUAAAAAAUGAAUAUAUACCUUAUGUUCAUGUGUAAGGAUUUUGAUUACCUUGAUUUCAUUUUGUGCUAUAAUUAUGUCUGCUUUGUUUUUAAUUUCUUUUUUUUUUCCUGGAGAAUGAAAAUGAAAUGUUUUAAUGUGUCGGUGCCAUCACAUCUAUGUUUUUUUUGUACCAGCAAUAGAGAUGAGUUGUGUGGCUUUUUGAGAGUACUUUGUGUCAUCUUUGAUAUCCCACAGUACUGAGCAGGAAAAAAAACACUUCACAACUGACAGGGUUUUUGUGAUCACAGUGAAUGUUGUGCUGACUGUUAUUAUCUUGAAAUUUAACAUUCCAUGUUUACAACCUCUUAAUUCUCUUAAUGUUUUAUUUCUUUUCCAAUACGCUAAAGUUUGCCAUGCUGUGUCUGAGUGUGUCGGCGUGUGUGUGUGCACACGUGCGUAUGUGCGCAUGCGUUUGGAUAUGUGUGGGUGUGUGGGUGUGUUUGAGUUUGUGAUUGUGUGUAUAUGUGCCACACAAGCCAGGACAGAGCUAACAUGUCAAGAGACAAGUGAAAACAAGCCAAGGCCUUAACGAAUUAACCGGGACUCUUGCUCUGAUGCUCGCCAGGCUGGCCCACUGACCGACCAACCGUAGAUCUCCCCUCAGCAACAAGACGCAAAACUGUUUUCCCAAGCAGGGACUCGCCUUUCCCUCUCGCUGCCUUUUGCAUCGGCCAGCUCCAUCACUCUGUCGCUCUCUCUCCUUUCUUUUUCCAAGAUGGCCGCAGCAGUAUCAUCCUGCCAAUCAAAGAAGAGGGGGAGAUGGGCGAUGGUGUUGUGUGAUUGGACAGGUUUAGCUUCCCAGCUAGUAUGACCACUAAAGUAGCCUUGCUGUCCUGUCCAGCGAGUGACUGUUCUGUUGUAACCUAACCCUUUGCUGUAGCCUAACGUGUGCUUAUGAAGUGUUCCUUCCAUUGUAUGUGCUUUCACUCUCAUCACCACAGUGUGAUGUUUUUGAUUUUUCCCCCCCUGAUGUGUCUUACUGCUCACUGUUUUUAAGUAAUUUCUGCCUCGGUGUAUGUUUCUGAAAAGGUGUAUGUAACAAGCAGAGAUGUUUCAGUGAUGAGGACCAGUCAGUGAGUGUGCCCUUCUACAAAUAUCAUUGCCUGUUUGUAUCACUUUGCUUUGGCCUUCUAGAAUGGAGUAGCAUGCUCACCAUGAAGCCCUUUCUUUAUUUCCUGUCACCCCAAGUGGAUUUACUAUCGUGUAGUUAAUACCAGAACUGUCUGUCUGCCUCUGGUGCAGUGUUAGUGGUCAUCUCCCCUGUCCCAACCCCUAAUCUAAAGUUUAAAUAUAAUUUCAUCAUCAUA